UAAUUUUCUGAUAAUCGUCGCUGACGACUUAGGGUUCAGCGAUACGUCUCCUUAUGGGGGCGAGAUCGACACCCCUAAUCUACAACAGCUAGCUAACGAGGGAAUCCGUAUGACCGGUUUCCACACAGCUGCAUCAUGUUCUCUUCUCCUACGAGAGCUAUGCUUCUGUCUGGCACAGACUCGAAUAUCGCCGGGUUGGGUGUAAUGGCGGAGAAAAUAAAAAAGGCUCUGGGCAUCUUUAAAGACAAGCCUGGUUAUGAAGGAUAUUUGAACUAUCGUGUAGCUGCUUUAGGGGAGAUCCUUCAAGAUGCGGGAUACUUUACACUCAUGAGUGGGAAGUGGCAUCUAGGCCUGAAGAGGGAACUUGGUCCGCACGCGAGAGCAUUUACCAAAGUACUUUCUACCCUUCCUGGGGCUGGAAACCACUUCAACCACGAGCCACAGCUAUAUGACCUUAAGGAAAAGCCGUCGGCUAUCUUCAAGGGUGAUGGUAUAUGGAUGAAACAUUCAGAGUUCAUCAACGGGAGCACAGAUCUACCUAAGGACUUUUACUCUUCUAACACAUUUACGGACUACUUCUUAGACUUCUUAAAGGAACGGACAACGGAAGAGAGAUCUCAGCCCUUCUUUGGCUAUCUCCCGUUUACAGCCCCUCACUGACCACUACAGGCACCGCAAGAAAUCAUCAAAAAGUACCAUGGCAAAUACGAUGAUGGACCUAUCGCGUUACGGGAUCGCAGACUCCGCAGCUUAAUCGAAAAG